AUGCUGCUGGUGCGGGAAGACGGCACGGCGGUCGGGACGCUGGGCGGCGGCUGCGUCGAGGGCGACAUCUGGUUCGCGGCGCGGGAGAUCCUGCGGAACCAGGGCGGGCCGGAGUUCAAGGACUAUUACCUGAACGAAGACAUCGCGGCCCGGGACGGCCUGGUUUGCGGCGGCACGAUGUACUUUUACCUGGAGCCGUUCUGGGAAACCGACGACUUUUCCGACAUUGGAUCGGAGUUGCUAGGCGCGUACGACGGGGCUGAACCGGCGGCGCUGGCGACGGUGGUGCGGUCCGACGGGGACACGGCUCGCCUGGGCGCGAAGCUGCUGCUGCGAUCCGAUGGCUCGGUAGCCGGCGGCAUCGGCACUGCGGAACUGGACGAGGUCGCGCUGGAGGCUGCCAGCCGCGUGGCAGCGGUGGGAGCCAACCAAUCAGUGGACAUUGACGACCAGACCGAGUUGUUCAUCGAAGGGUUCACCACACCGCCGACGCUGGUGAUGGUGGGCGGCGGACACGUGGGGAAGGCGACGGCCGACCUGGCGCACCGACUGGGGUACCGGGUGUACAUCGUCGACGACCGGGAAGAUUUCUCCAACGCCGAGCGGUUCCCCUACGCGGAAGAGACGAUAGUUACGCCGUACACCAACUGGGCGCAGCACCUGGAUAUCAACGUCAACAGCUUCAUCGUGGUGGCGUCGCGCGGGCACUGGUUCGACGACGUGGCGUUGGAGUCGGCGCUGACGACCAAGGCGCGAUACGUCGGGCUUCUGGGCAGCCGGCGCAAGACGUUGAUGAUCUACCAGCGGUUGCUCCAAGAAGGGGUGUCACGGGAGCGCUUGGCGGAAGUGCGAGCGCCCAUCGGGUUGGACAUCGGCGCGCUGGAGCCGGAAGAGUUGGCGGUCAGCAUCAUGUCCGAGGUCAUCAUGGCGCGGCGCGGCGGAAAGGGCAGCCCGAUGACGAUGGACGACUGGUACCUGGAUCGGGCCGAGCAGCGCGCCAACCGGGCGAUGGGGAUGCCGGCGGACUGA